UCUUUUUUUCUUUCUAGUACAGUGGAGCUCUGAAGCUAUUUAGAAUAUAAUAAUAUGAGGGGGGUAUGGCAUUUUAUUCAUAAAUUGAUGCAGGGGGUAUUUUUUCAAGAAGCGUCCCUCUUUACCAUAGACUUUAUGCUCUUUAUCAAUUUUCAUCAUUCACAUCUGAGGUUCUCUCAGGGGUUGUGAAGGCCCAUCGCCGCCAUUUUGAAAGGUAUCGGAGCUUCCGUCACCACGUGAGGAGGAAGCGGGUGAGGAGAGAAGACGGAGCAAUCGAGCGGAGCGGCUGAAGCUGGCGAGCCCGGGCCAUCACUCAGCUCUACUGGUCUAGACUACCUGGGCUAACUUUAGCUACAUGUGCUGAGGUCGAGGGGGAAACUGAUCUCCACUGCAACAAUGCCGACAGUUACUUUACCGCCGAAAGAGAACGCCCUCUUCAAGAGGAUUCUGCGAUGUUACGAACACAAACAGUACAGAAAUGGGCUCAAGUUCUGCAAGCAAAUCCUGUCCAACCCAAAGUUUGCAGAACAUGGAGAGACACUGGCGAUGAAGGGUCUGACCCUCAACUGCCUGGGAAAGAAGGAAGAGGCCUAUGACCUGGUGAGGAGAGGCCUGCGCAACGACCUCAAGAGCCACGUCUGCUGGCAUGUUUACGGCCUCUUGCAGCGCUCAGAUAAAAAAUAUGAUGAGGCCAUCAAAUGUUACCGCAACGCUCUGAAGUGGGACAAAGACAACCUGCAGAUCCUCAGAGACCUGUCCCUGCUGCAAAUCCAGAUGAGGGACCUGGAGGGCUACCGGGAGACACGGUACCAGCUGUUACAGCUGCGUCCAGCACAGCGGGCCUCCUGGAUCGGUUAUGCCAUCGCCUAUCACCUCCUGGAGGACUACGAGAUGGCCGCUAAGAUCAUUGAGGAGUUCAGAAAAACACAACAGACGUCUCCAGACAAAGUGGACUAUGAAUACAGUGAACUGCUGCUGUACCAGAAUCAGGUGUUGAGGGAGGCAGGCCUGUACAAGGAGGCCCUGGAGCAUCUGUCCAACUAUGAGAAGCAGAUCUGUGACAAACUGGCUGUGGAGGAGACACGAGGAGAGUUACUGUUACAGUUGGAGCGUCUGGACGAGGCCACAGAAGUGUACCGCCGUCUGCAGGAGAGGAACCCAGAAAACUGGUCCUAUUACCAUGGCUUGGAAAAGGCCCUCAAACCAGGUAGUGUGGAGGAGAGACAUAAGAUCUAUGAGGAUGCCUGGGUGAAGUUCCCUAGAGGACUGGUUCCUCGUCGGCUGCCCCUCACCUUCCUUUCUGGUGAGAAAUUCAGAGAGUGUCUGGACCGGUAUUUAAGGUUGAACUUCAGUAAAGGCUGUCCGCCUGUCUUCACCACUCUCAAAUCACUGUACAACGACAAAGAAAAGGUGUCAAUAAUCGAGGAUUUGGUGGUCGGCUAUGAAACCUCGUUAAAGACGUGUCGAAUGUUCAACCCGAACGAUGACGGUAAAGAAGAACCCCCGACCACGUUGCUCUGGGUGCAGUACUUCCUGGCACAGCACUAUGACAUGAUUGACCAACAGACACUGUCACUAGAAUACAUCAAUGCAGCCAUUGAGAGUACGCCUACACUCAUCGAACUCUUCCUCAUUAAAGCCAAGAUUUACAAGCAUGCUGGGAACAUCAAGGAGGCUGCUCAGUGGAUGGAUGAGGCCCAGGCUCUGGACACAGCUGACAGAUUUAUCAACUCCAAGUGUGCCAAGUACAUGCUGAAGGCUACCAUGAUCAAGGAGGCGGAAGAAAUGUGCUCAAAGUUCACACGGGAGGGCGCGUCAGCAGUGGAGAACCUCAACGAGAUGCAGUGUAUGUGGUUCCAGACGGAGUGUGCACUGGCUUACAAGAGCAUGAACAAGUUCGGGGAGGCCCUGAAGAAGUGCCAUGAAAUUGAGAGGCAUUUUGUUGAGAUCACGGAUGACCAGUUUGAUUUUCACACAUACUGUAUGAGGAAGAUGACGCUGCGCUCCUACGUGGACCUGCUUAAGUUGGAGGACGUUCUUCGAAUGCAUCCCUUCUAUUACAAGGCGGCCACCACAGCCAUUCAGAUCUACCUGAGCCUCCAUGACAAUCCCCUGACAGAUGACAGCAAGGAGCUGCAGGCUGACACUGCUAACCUCUCGGACAAAGAGCUGAAGAAGCUGAGGAACAAGCAGCGGAGGGCACAGAAAAAGGCUCAGCUAGAGGAGGAGAAGAAGAAUGCAGAGAAGGAGAAGCAGCUUAAGAAUCAGAAGAAGAAGAAGGAGGACGAUGACGAGGAGAUUGGAGGUCCCAAAGAGGAGCUCAUACCUGACAAACUGAUCAAGGUAGAAUAUCCACUGGAAGAAGCAGUCAAGUUCUUGACGCCUCUCAAACAUCUGGUCAAGGACGAAAUAGACACACACCUACUGGCCUUUGAGAUCUACUUCAGGAAAGAAAAAUACCUGUUGAUGCUUCAGUCGGUAAAGAGAGCGUUGGCUAUUGACCCAGACCACCCAUGGCUACACCAGUGUCUCGUACGCUUCUUUAAAGGAGUCUCAGAAAGCAAGGAGUUGCCAGAGGUGGUCAGGACAGUGCUGAAGCAAGAGAUCACCCGACUUUUCGGCGACAGUAACGCCAAAAGCUUCAACCAGGCCUACCUCAGCAAGCACUCGAACUCCAUACCACACCGACUGGCUGCUGCGAAGAUGAUGGUGUAUCUGGAUCCAUCAACAGAAACUAAGGCAGUGGAAUUGGCAACCGCACUAGAUGAGUCACUCAACAACAGAACCAUACAGAUCUGCACAGAGGCUAUGGAGUGUCUUCGGACUGGCGUUCUGGGCGACUGCAAGGACCGCGCAGAGUCGUACCGCGCCGAGUGUCACAAGCUUUACCCCUACACAUUAGCUUUCGCGCCCCCCGGAUAUGAGGAGAACACCAAGAUAGCCAAUGGAGAUGUUUCUUUGGAAACGGAGGAGCUAGCCAAUGAGAUGUGAGCGGGACAGAACAACAAUGGAUGAGAAAAAGGAAUGGGGCCGAGCAUGAAGCCUUGUGGUACGCCUGGCAGCCAUUUAGUAGAGCCAGUCACGGAAGCGAAAAUGGGUGUUUCGUUCUUUGGCUCAGCUUAAUCGGGUCUGACCUGGCAUGGCUUGGCUCUUUCCCUCAUGGUGAAAAUCAGGACUGUGUGUUUGUGUGUGUGAGAGUGUGUGUUGAGAGCAUGUAUGCAGUUGUGUAUAUUUGUGGGAAAGAGGGGGGGGUAAAGAGGAAGAUAACUGAAUGGCCAUUUAACUUUUUUAAAUAGAGCUGACGAUUAUGCUGAAUAUGAAAAUAAACAGUAGUUGAUGGCAAACUGUCGGGAGAAACUUUGACAGACUGACGGACUUUGAUGGACUUUCAGUUUCCUCUGAUAUGAUCAACAACGGUGACGGCAACCCCCCGAGUCCGACUCGGUGCUGCUCCGACACACGCCUGUCUCAUACUGUGUUUCCCUUAUUUUAAAAUGCUAAUUUAAAUGAAAACAGGACACAGCUGUCCCGGGGGAACUGGUGACUGAGCUGAGUGGAUCUGAUCUGCCACAGAUCUGUAGGAAGCUGAACAGGAAGAGUUACUGAGGACCCUGAAGUAGACACUGAGGACAUCCAGUGCCCACAGGUGUGUCCUUACCUGGUGUUGCUCUAUCGAACCGCCGAUCAACAUGUGGCGGUGCAGUCGGGUGAGUGAAGAAGAGACCUGAUCUCUGCAGUGGGGUACAGCGUGAAGAAAGCCACCUCACAUUAUAACAGUUUUAUUUUUAAUCAAACUGUGCUUCCCUCACGGUUUCCAGCUAAGAUUGGGAAUAUGUUAUUCUCUUCUGUAAUAAUGGAGCACCGUGUAGCACAAUUUUCAAACUGUAAAGGUUGUGUGUUGUGCUCCAUUUCGACUUCACUGCUCUUCUCAACGGUUUGACUUAGUUCUGAGAAAGUUGAAUGGAUCCAAGCAAUACCAUAGAAACUCUCCUGUCCAAAAUGGAUUAAUAAAACUCUUGCUAAUGAUGAUUUCUAGAUGGGGUUGAAGUGGUGACACUGAGUCUACCUGAUUUAUCUGCCAGGAAUGGAUUUAUCUCAAUGUAACAGUGAGUCUAACUGAACAGUGGAAAAGCCUGCAGGACUCCAGAGGGCUCUUCUCUGCUAAUCAAAGCGGCUCCUCUAAAGGUCAAAGUUCAGGCUCCAGAGCCUUUAACUCCAAGUGGCAGAAGUGAAAAUAUUCAAAGAAGGGUAAAGAGAUGAGUGGGAAUUUGUCAUUUUACUUUCUCUGUUCCCCCUUUUUCUCCUCAAUCAUCCUCUUUUCUUCCCCUUUUUCCUCUAAUUUGGGUUCUAAUGUGAAAGAUGAAAUCUGAGAUGGCGAUGUAAGAUAUCUCUGGAUUUUUGUAUUAAAACUAAAGGAAAGAAAACA